AUGGCCAGCAACGAGUACUACGGCCCUCCCCAGCCUAGCUACGGUCCCCCUCAGGGCGGCUACCAACAGGGCUACCCUCAGCAGGGCCAGCAGCCGAUGCAGUACCAGCAGGGUCCUCCUCCCGAAGACUCGCACGGCAAGAAAGGUGGCAGCAAGAACUGCUUCAUGGUCUGUAUCGCCGCCGUGUGCUGCUGCUGCGUGGCUGAGGAGGCGUGCGAGUGUUGGUGA